UUGCUUUUUCACGGCCUGUACCAGGACGUACUGAAGAGCAAGCUACAGACUCAUCGGUUGGAUCAGCUAAGCUUGAUGUCAGUUCAGAGAUGCCUGAAGUGAACAAAGCAUCAAGUGAGAAAGUAGAUAGUCCCGCAACAGCUGUGCUGGAGGAAGGGUCUGAUAAAAACCUAAGCCAGGCCCCUUCUGCAGCAGAACUUAGUGACACUGAACUAAUAGCAUUAGCAUCACCCGAGACAGAGGAUGCAGCCUCAUCAAAGGCAAAACAAGUGACUUUCUUUGACAGACUCUUCAAACUGGAAAAGGGGAAGGAGAAAGAAAAGAGUAAGACACAAGUCGAAACCCAAGAGGAAAGCCAGACUACGGAAAUUCCUGACGCCGGCAUCACAGCGGAAGAGGCUGCUGGAUUACAGAGCACACCAAACAAUGUCCCACAGGGGAAGGACAUAGAUGAUUGCAACCAAAAAGCCGUGCAGCAAGGCUCAGCAGGUGUCAAUACUGACGAGGCAGCAGUAAAACAAGAGAACCCCAAGGCAUUUGCCACAACAGACAACAAUAAUUCUGUCAUGAGUUUCUUUAAAACACUGGUUUCACCAAGCAAAUCAGAAGCCAGAAGUGACUCUGAGGACAAGGAAUCCAAAGUGGAAAAGGGCCAUGGUGGGCAUCCCGCUCAGAAGACAGCAGCAGAAUCCCAAGCUAAAGGAGCUAAAGGAGCCAAGAAAAAGAAGUCAGAGAGUCCCAAGUUAGGACACAAAACAUUUAGCAGACUCUUUAGGCAUAAGUCCACAAAAGAGGCCCAACAGACAACUAAUACCCAAGGUGCUGAACAACAGCCUGUCACCUCUGUCAAUGUAAAAUCUGAAAAAAUGCCCCUCCCACUCAAGAAUCACAGACGACAAAGCAGAAUGCAAAAGCCUCUGAACCUGCAGCUGAGCAGCAGGCAACAGCAAGCAACUACCGAAGCCCCUAAAGACAUGACUAAGGAGAGAUCUGCACCUACUUCCACACCAUUGAGCAAACUCUUCUGGAAAAAGGGAAAUAAGUUCCCCUCUAGCACAGUGUCAGUGGAGCUGGUCCCUGGCUGGGUGUCCAAGUUGCAGGUGCAGCUGGUGGAGUCCGGGAGGGAUGUGGAAAAUGCCGGAGGACUCUCUCCCGCCUCUCCGGCAAAAGGUUCCGGGUUCACCGUCAGCAGCCCCAGCCCAGGAUGA